AUGGCGUCAACGCACACGUCGGUCGCUUUCAACGCGGCGAACCCCGCCGCCCGUCGCGGCGUCGCCUCCUCCUCUCCGUCGCGCCCCAUCCCGAUCCGCCCGAAACACAAUCGGCACCGAUGGUCAUCGUCGCCGUCAUCCGCGCGUCGCCCCGACGUCGUCGCCCGCGCCGUCGCGACCGCGGAGCCGGACGCCGAAUUCCGCGCCGCCGCAUCCGGCGAAUGGGAGGGCCACCGCGUCUACUUCGACGCACAGGGCGCGCCCCAGCUCCUCCCCGACCGAGUCGUCCCGCCCGCGUUCAAGGAGUACGGCGUGGACCUCGUGGACUGGCAGUCGCAGUGCGCGAUGAACGUGACGGCGGAGGACGGGAUGUACGCCAGGGAGCUGCGUUUCCUGCCCACGCAGGGGUGCGAGGCGGACGCCAGCACGGUGGAGUCCGAGGAGAUCCGAACCGUGCCCCUCGCCCGGGUGACGCCCGCGUCAAACGCAUCCGGGCUCGCGCCCGGUUCCUUCUCAUCCGACACCGGAGACUUUCCACGCUCGAACGACGACAACGACGCCGAACCCGUCACCGUGGAGCACUGCGUCGGCAUCGACACCGUCAAGAAGGACGGUGACGUGUCGCGGGCGCGGGUCAGGGUCCAGCAGACGAUCGAGGGACGCGACGCGGACGUGACCGGCGUGUGCGCGUGGAAGGAGUUUUAUUACGAACCCUUCGCAAACGCGAAAUCGCUUUGCGCUUCGUGCGGCGGGCCCAACAAGUGGGGAGAGUACCCACCGCGUACACAGGCCGAGUACGUCGGACCGGAGUGGGAAGGCGACGCGUGGGACGGGUUUAACGGGGAUGGAGGCGACGUCGUCAUGCUUCCGAGCGGGGUGUGGUGCGAGCGAUGCGAGAACGACCUCGGCGGCGUCACGCUCAGCGCGGGAUGGCUGGUGCCGGACAGGGAGGCGGCGUACCUGCCUCCCGUGCGCGACGUGGACACGCACCUGGUGUCGGUCAGGGUUUACGACGGCGAAGGGAAGCUCGCGGAGACCAGGUUCAUAAAGCGAACCAGAAAGCCCGCCGCGUGA